AUCAGCAGGGACGAUUUCCGAAGUUUACUCUCUAUCUAAAUCUAAGAAGAGUUUAAUUGAUUAUUAUUUAUUAUCGACAUGUGCCUGUAGACAUGUGGAGAUUCUAGAAAAAACUAAAACGUGUUGUGUAAUAUAUUUUUAAAUGUUUUAUUUAAUCAAGAUCUGGUUGGUCCUCGGUCCCAGUUAACCUCUACUAGUUUUUUUUUAUCUGAAUGAUCUCCAAAAAUUUGCUGGUGCAGAUAAUGGCUAACCUAUAAAAUAUUAAGUCAUCAGUUAGUGAUUUUCAAAUAAAUAAAAAUGAAAAUUCCAUCACUGGGAACUCUAUCAGCAGCAGCGAUUGGUGGUGCGGCUUUUCUAGGACUGAGUGGUUGGGGUUUUCGUUUUUUGAUUAAAAAAACAGUCCGAGUGUCGCCGCAUUAUAAUCAAGCUAUGGAUUAUCUCAAUGCACAUGAAGAGUCCAAGAAACUGCUGGGCGAACCAAUAAAACAGCAAGGAUCGAUGCAUAUUGGAGACAAAAAGUACUUCGGAGUGUACAAGCAGUCAAAGUAUUACACGGUGCCGGUCAAGGGCUCCAUUGCGGAAGGUAAUCUCACCUACUGGAUCACCAUAAACGAGGAUAAAAAAAAGGACAACAAUAGUGCAGUUGAAAUAAAUAAAAUUUUAUUAGAAGUUCUUACGAAACCGAAGAAAAUUGUAUGGAUUAAGAAUGACAAUAAAGUAUGAUCUAAAUAUAGAAUAUAAUUAGUUGAAUGUUUGAAGCGGCAUGUCUGUUAUUCCUGCAGGUACUUUUAUUCC